AUGAACCUGUUCCAUUACCUGCCCUGGUGGCUGCAGCCGGCGCCCAUCCUCGUCAGCGGCCUGCUGUUCUUCGCGGCCGCGCUGCUGAUCGACAGCGAGGAGCCGACCCUCAAGGCCGCCGUCAUCGCCGCCGGCCCCGUCGCCCUGUACUACGCCAUCGCCCUGUUCGUGCUGCCCUCCCAGUUUGCGAAGUUCGCGGUGAACUAUAUGCGCAAGCACCCGGAGCUGGAGGGCCAGGCCGCCACGGGCGCCCGCGCGUCGCGAGACGCAGCCGAGUGA